GUGUAGACUGAAUAAUAGCUAUAGUACGAAGACCACGUUCCUUUUAAGUCUUCAACAGAUGCAAAUACAAUGUAACUAUAAUAACAACAAACGUUAUUGAAGAAGCAGCGAAAUCGAACGUGGAAUAAAAAGGCGGUUCACAUCAAAGCGGAACAAGAAAGGCGCUCGCUCGCAUCCAUCCUCAGAGUGCAAUCAGAGAUACUAAAAAGCCUUGUCCCUGUUUAUAUCCCCUUUAAUGUUAAUCACAUUUUAGUAACAAUAAACAAAAACAGAUUACUCAGCAAUCCUGUACCCACCUACCCCCCCCACCCCCCACUCCCCCAGCAAACAUGUCCCUGGCUCUAAAGCAAGUCUUCAACAAGGACAGGACAUUCCGGCCCAAGCGGAAGUUUGAGCCUGGAACGCAGCGCUUUGAGCUACACAAGAAAGCGCAGGCAUCCCUUAAUGCUGGCCUGGACCUGAAGCAGGCAGUGCAACUGCCGCACGGCGAAGACCUGAACGAUUGGGUGGCCGUUCAUGUGGUGGAUUUCUUUAACCGCAUCAACCUCAUCUACGGCACCAUCAGUGACUCCUGCACAGACCAGACCUGCCCUGUUAUGUCUGGCGGGCCCAAGUACGAGUACCGCUGGCAGGACGAACACAAGUACAAGAAGCCCACUGCUCUCCCUGCGCCCAAAUACAUGAGCCUGCUAAUGGACUGGAUUGAGGUGCAGAUCAACAAUGAACAGAUCUUCCCCACUAAUGUCGGUACGCCAUUCCCCAAGACCUUCAUGCAAGUAGCGAAGAAGAUCUUGUCUCGUUUAUUCCGUGUUUUUGUCCAUGUCUACAUUCACCACUUUGACUGUGUGAACCAGAUGGGAGCAGAAGCCCACGUGAACACCUGUUACAAACAUUUCUAUUACUUUGUUACUGAAUUCAACCUCAUAGACCACAAAGAGCUGGAGCCUCUGAAAGAGAUGACAUCUCGGAUGUGCCACUGAGAGAAGAAGAAGAAGAAAAAAAAAAAAAGCAGUCCCUCUCAUUCCACACAGAUCAGAAGAACCACCCAAAUUAACCAUUUAAAAGUGUAUGGAACAGAAAGCUAACUCGCAAAGACUCUAUUUUUUAAACACAUUUAAAAGUACUGUACUAUUCUAUUUAGCGAGAGACAUCUCUGUAUUCGGAUGUGUUAGGCAUAUGGAGAAUAUUUUUAUUAGAAAUCUGUAUUAACUGUUAUUUUAGUUUUUCCAAAUUUGUCUCAAUCAUUCCUUUUUUUCAUAAUCUAUAACAUGCAGAUUUUAUUUGUGGCUAUUUAUGUGGUUGAGAUAUUAAACCCAUUCUGUCUUGUCUGUGUA